AUGACGAGAGCAUCUUUUUGGGGAAAAAUUACCCAUAGGAAAGCAGUAACUUCCACCUACAGAUCAUUAAUCAGGUCGUUAAAAAAGCUAGAAAAAUUGCCUCCAUCUGCACUUGAGCUGAUCGAUAUCAAUGGCAUCACAGAAGAACAAAGUAUUUGCUUCUAUCCCCAUAAACAUGUUAAAAAGAUAUACAGUGAGUUAAAUUAUGCUAUUAGAGAAGGUUUCCUGCUUUCUGAGACAAGUUCGUUGAAGAAUCCGAAUAUAUUUACUGAAAAAUUUCUCAUCGCUAUAGAGCUUGAGCAGCUUUUAGCUCAAGUCUUGAUGAACAAGCGAGACUCUUGGUCCAUUUUGUUGAAACUCUUGGAUGCGUAUCGUGAUCAACUGUUUGUAAAUCAGCAAUGGCGACUUCAAUAUCUUCGAAAUAAACAGGAAAUUGAUAUUAAUAGGAAUAAAGAGUUACCUGUCUUGAUGAAACAAACCAUAUCUCCUUCGAUUGCGCUCAACCCACCAAAAGACAUCAAAUUUAAAUUAAGACAAAGACUGUGGAAUUUCAAGCUUGGUAAACUGCAGCUACGCACUAGCUAUGAAAACUCUGAAAAAGUUCUCCGUCGAUAUAUCAAACCAAGACAACAACGACUGGAGUUGCCCAAUCCCUUUCUUUUGCCAUAUGUAAAAGAGUAUUACGCUGCUAAUGAAACAGAUAUCAAAUCAAAACUAUUUAUACCCGGCUCGACAAAGAGAACCCUUAUAAAAGAUGCGUAUGAUCCUGAAUAUGUUGAAAGCAUAAUAAAACCUAGCAUUGAGUAUGAUAUAAAUAUAUAUCAUCAUUUCAAUGAUUUAAAAAAUAUAGUAAACGUGAAAGGUCCUUACAGAGUACAAAUAAAUUUAACUGAAGCAGGUCCCAUGUCUAUUCCGUUCAUAAGAAUGCCUUAUCCACGACUUGAGCCGCUCAAAAAGGUUGCCUUGGACAUUAAGCAUCUGAUGAAGUUAUCAAGAAUAGUUACUGUCUGGGAGCUGUCUUUAGGUGACCAAUCUUUAAGCGAGCCGAAAUUCGACGAUGGAAGUUACAGCGUCAGAGGUAGUAAAGGAUGGGGCGAGCACGAAAAAGUUUGGCCCAAAUACUACUAUGAGACACUCGCAGAGGGUGAAGGAAUCUGGGAGUCUUUUGUGGAGUUAGCAAAAAAUAAUAAGCCGAACACUUCGUCAGUUUCUUCCCUGGAUAUUGAUAGAAGUAUCCAAAAACAUAUUUUAAGUUGGAAAAAAGAUUUGAACCUUGCUACUAAAGAACUUAGGAGUCAGCUCGACCGAUAUUUCCAACAUUACAAGUCAUUGAAAGAAAAAAAUUCUCCAAUCUUUUUACAACAAUCAAGUCUCCAAAAAUCUAUGAAUUCCCAUUAUGACCAUCAGAUAGGAAAAUAUGAAACUCUUUUAAAGAAAUUGAAGCAGAAUAAUAUCUUCAAGCAUUCUGAUCUCCUUAAUCUGAAAGAGCUAUGUCUGAAGUCUUACCCCGAAUAUCAUCAAUAUGAUAUGUCUCGAAAUAGGAAGAACCAAAAAGGGAUUCCUUUAUUAGAAAGAACUGGCAUGAACAAGAGAUUGGGUGAUCUUCUAGAUGACGUUGGAUUUCAUAGCUACAGGAAUGGGGAAAGUUUCGAUAAAAAGUUCAAAUUUUAA